CAUCAAACGGCGACGACUGUCUGGUGACGUUUUCACCCCGCGACGACCAUCUGUCUCAAAUUAAAAAGUCUUGCCCAACAUUCUACAUACAUACGUGGUUAAAAACUGUUUUAUGUGAAACUCGUUCUCGUUGCAACAUAAUUUACAGUCAAAUUAAUGGAAUAAUUUUAAAACAAUUAUGUGUCGACAAAAACUAUUUUGCUUCAGAGUAUUCUAACGUGUAUACAUUGAAGACCCAAGCCUGUGGGAAUCAGGGAUACAAACUUGACUGCAUAUUUGCACCUGAUGUCGACCAACAUGCCAAGUGAACCUCCCUUUUUCUUGGAUAUGCACAUCAACCCAGCAUCCAGUCUGUCUCCUGCAGUCCUCUGGCGGACUAAUGCAAAAAAUCUGUGAUUUGAAGGUCGCCUUAAAGACUCCAUGUCUUUCUUGGACUGCUCCUGCCUCUCCCCCACUCAGGUCCAGCCCAUGGACAUAGAGGAGUGCUAUGAGGACACAAGUCUGCAACACUUGCAGGUCUCUUUGUGUGACCAUGAAGGGCAGACAAUGGGGGGCGGUGACAGCAGUGCGGCUUUGUCGGCAGUACCCGCCCACUACCAGUUUCUAACUGAACUUGGGCGGGGCUUCAACAACCUGAGCCAGGUGCACAUGGCGCGCCAUACCCCAACCGGCCAGCUGGUGGCGGUCAAACAAACCAACCUGGAUGAGGUCACAGAGGAGGAGCUUCUGCAGCUCAUGAAUGAGGUUCUUCUGUCUCGAAGGUUCCGUCAUCCAAACCUUCUGACAUCCCGACUUGUCUUUAGCUCUUGCUGCCAGCUGUGGGUCCUCACGCCGCUCAUGGCCUAUGGUUCUGCGCACUCCCUACUCAGAACCCAUUUCCCUGAUGGAAUGAGUGAGUCCCUUAUAGCAUACCUGCUUUAUGGUGUGCUGCAAGCAUUGGAGUACCUGCACCGUAUGGGCUACGUUCACAGGGGUGUAAAAGCCAGUCAUAUCCUGCUGUCAGAAGAGGGGCGUGUCUACCUGUCAGGGCUCCACAGUGUUUACAGUAUGAUGCGUGAUGGGAAGCGGAUGAGGAUGGUGUUCGACAUGCCUCAUCACAGCCCCGCCCUGCUGCCUUGGCUCAGCCCUGAACUACUGCAACAGGACCUUCGUGGUUACGGAGUGAAGUCCGAUAUCUACAGUUUGGGUAUUGCCGCCUGUGAAUUAGUGAGCGGAAGGGUGCCUUUUCAGGACAUGGUCCCUACUCAGACGCUGCUUCUCAAGCUACGUGGCUUACACCCCUGCCUGCCAGACACGGCGCCCUUUCCACUCAGCAAACAGAAAGUGUCCCGGUCAGGGCUGGACUCCGGCAUGGGAGAGAGCUCUGCUACCGGGAGCGCCACGCAUAGCACCAGUGCACCGCCGCUUGCCACAGACGUCCUUCAGAGCCCCGCGCCCAAGAACCACUCGGCCACUCUGCACAGUUUGGUGCAACUGUGUCUACAGCAGCAGCCUGACCGCAGACCGUCUGCCUCUGCUUUGUUGACCCACGCCUUUUUCAAGCAGGUGAAGAAGCACACCAGAGGCUCCUUCCUCAGUCUUGUGUACCCAGCGGUGCCACUCACCAGCUCAGAGGGGCUGCCUUUGUCCUGCCCCCCGUCUCCCCCCUGCCAUGUUCAAACUGCAUCCCCGGGUGUCUGUGCUGAGGUGGCAUGGGAUUUCUCUUGAACCCAACAGGAAAAAGCAUUGAAGGUUUGAACUCCUGUAGUUUUAUUGUGAUCAUUACCCUGAGCCUUUAAGAUUAUUUUGAUAUUUUUUACGUUUUUAUUAGAAAUAUAUUUACAAGGUAACUGUGAAGAUGCUGUAAUCAUCUCAUGAUGAUGAAUUUAUAAUAUUUGCAGUGGUAGGAACCCAUUGAAUUUGUGUAGGGAUCCUUAUUUUGACUUUGUGAAAAAAAGCCAAAUUUAGUGAAGUUUUCCAGUAAACCUUGCUGGGCGUCUGUACUGGUUUGGUCAGAAUCAGAUUCACCUUUAUUGUCAUUGUACUGGGGGUUACAACAAGAUUUAGAGCAACAAUGAUGACUCUGCUGACUUAUAGUAACAUAAAACAAAGUAUUUUAGGAUUUUGUAAGUCUACAAAGAUAUGAACAUUACAUCAUUUUUAUGGUCGAUUGUGUGGAACUGAGAAUUAGGAAAAUAACAUUAAAAAAAUACAUUAGGAUUUGAGUAAAAUAAGUAUUUGAUUCUAAUACAAAUGGGGGUUUAGUGCAUAACAGCAAACAAAUCAGCUGUUUCUUGUAGUUAUAGGGAUUUUGAUGAGAGAAACGUUACAAAACAGAAUGUUUGCACCUUCAAGUUUGACAGUAGUAAUGUUGUUGGAUUCAUAUUCAACAUUUCUCUGCAAACAAAGACGUCCAGUCCACUCGAUGCCAAACACCUGUCAUGUGACCUCAUCACAUUCUCCUUGUCCCUUUGUGUGACUCAUUCAGGUGUUAAUUGUCAAAACUUGUAGUUCAUCCCAGUUUAGUGCAGGUCUACAAUCCUGUCCCUGAGGUCAGCUCUUCGGUCAUGCCUGUGGUGGUGUAGGGUUUGAAUGCAAGAGUGUUUGUGUGACAGGUGUAUACAUAAUGAGUUGAGAUCAGGAAUACUUUCUUAAAGGGACAGGACUUACUUUUGUCUUUCAUGGACACGUAACCACUCUGUGGGGUCACAAUCUUAGUCACUAUGUUACUUAUUUCCCACAGCUAAAAGCAUUUUAGAACUUUUAUUUUCAUUUAAAUGUUUAUAUAGUCCCUCUGUUCAAGUAAAGCAACCAUAAAAAAGGAUGUACUAUUCAUAUUUUUAUAAAAGGGUAAACUUGAUUAUUGAGCAGUGGUUCAAAUACUUAUUUGUAUAUUGAAUAAUUUACGCAGCAAUAAGUCACUUGGAUGAACACACAUGUCAUGAACACAAAUACUUGUUUUGUUUGUGUUGCGUGUGAAAUUUCUGCUGCUGUUUGUGUUCAAAAUACAGUCGCAAUCAAAAGUUUACAUACACCUGUAAAGAACAUCAUGUCAUGGCUGUCUUGAGUUUCCAAUAAUUUCUACAACUCUUAUUUUUUUGUGAUAGAGUGAUUGGAGCACAUACUUGUUGGUCACAAAAAACAUUCAUGAAGUUUGGUUCUUUUAUGAAUUCAUUAUGGGUCUACUGAAAAUGUGACCAAAUCUGCUGGGUCAAAAGUAUACAUACAGCAAUGUUAAUAUUUGGUUACAUGUCCCUUGGCAAGUUUCACUGCAAUAAGGCACUUUUGGUAGCCAUCCACAAGCUUCUGGCAAGCUUCUGGUUGAAGUUUUGACCACUCCUCUUGACAAAAUUGGUUGCAGUUCAGCUACAUUUGUUGGUUUUCUGACAUGGACUUGUUUCUUCAGCAUUGUCCACACGUUUAAGUCAGGACUUUGGGAAGGCUAUUCUAAAACCUUAAUUCUAGCCUGAUUUAGCCAUCCCUUUACCACUUUUGACUUGUGUUUGGGGUCAUUGUCCUGUUGGAACACCCAACUGCUCCCAAGACCCAACCUCCGGGCUGAUGAUUUUAGGUUGUCCUGAAGAAUUUGGAGGUAAUACUCCUUUUUCAUUGUCCCAUUUAAAGGACCAGUUCCAUUGGCAGCAAAACAGGCCCAGAGCACAAUACUACCACCACCAUGCUUGACGGUGGGCAUAGUGUUCCUGGGAUUAAAGGCCUCACCUUUUCUCCUCCAAACAUAUUGCUGGGUAUUGUGGCCAAACAGCUCAAUUUUUGUUUCAUCUGACAUCCCAUGGACAAAGGAUAAGACCUUCUGGAGGAGGUUCUUUGUUCUUAUGUUCUUUACAAGUGUAUGUAAACUUUUGAUCGCGACUGUAUAUACAAACCCCAAAACCAGUGAAGUUGGCAAGUUGUGUAAAUCGUAAAUAAAAACAGAAUACAAUGAUUUGCAAAGCCAUCCAUCCAUCCAUUUUCUACCACUUGUCCCUUCUGGGGUCACAGGGGGUGCUGGAGCCUAUCUCAGCUGCAUUCGGGCGGGAGGCGGGGUACAACCUGGACAAGUCGCCACCUCAUCGCAGGGCCUUUUCAACUUAUAUUCAAUUGAAUAGACUGCAAAGACAAUAUAUUUGUUUUCAAAAUAAUCAUUAACUUAGAAUUUAAUGGCAGCAACACAUUGCAAAAAAGUUGGCACAGGGACAUUUUUACCACUGUGUUACAUGGCCUUUCCUUUUAACAACACUCAGUAAACGUUUGGGUACUGAGGAGACCAGUUUUUUAAGCUCUUCAGGUGGAAUUAUUUCCCAUUCUUGCUUGAUGUACAGCUUAAGUUGUUCAACAAUCUGGGGUCUCCGCCACACAUUUUUAGUGGGAGACUGGACUACAGGCAGGCCAGUCUAGUACCCGCACUCUUUUACUAUGAAGUCACGCUGUUGUAACAUGUGGCUUGGCAUUGUCUUGUUGAAAUAAGCAGGAGCGUCCAUGAAAAAGACAUUGCUUGGAUGGCAACAUAUGUUGCUCCAAAACCUGUAUGUACCUUUCAGCAUUAAUGGCGCCUUCACAGAUGUGUAAGUUACCCAUGUCUUGGGCACUAAUACACCCUUAUACCAUCACAGAUGCUGGCUUUUGAAAUUUGCGCCUACAGUUUCCAAGAAAAAUUUGAAAUGUGUACUCGUCAGACCACAGAACGCUUUUACACUUUGCAUCAGUCCAUCUUAGAUGAGCUUGGGCCCAGCAAAGCCGGCAGUGUUUCUGGGUGUUGUUGAUAAAUGGCUUUCACUUUGCAUAGUAGAGAUGUAGCUACCAACUGUAGUUACUGACAGUGGUUUUCUGAAGUGUUCCUGAGCCCAUGUAGUGAUAUCCUUUACACACUGAUGUCGGUUUUUGAUGCAGUACCGCCUGAGGGAUCCAAGGUCACGGGCAUUCAAUGUUACGUGCAGUGAUUUCUGCAGAUUCUCUGAACCUUUUGAUGAUAUUACAGACCUUAGAGAGGGUGAAAUCCCUAAAUUCCUUGCAAUAGCUCGUUGAGAAAUGUUGUUCUUAAACUGUUCACAUUUGUUCACAAAGUGGUGACCCUCGCCCCAUACUUGUUUGUGAAUGACUGAGCAUGUCAUGGAAGCUGCUUUUAUACCUUUUUAUCACCUGUGGGAUUUUCCAAAUAAGGGUUUUCUUUCUCAGUCUUUUUUGCCACUUGUGCCAGCUUUUUUGAAACAUGUUGCAGGCAUCAAAUUCCAAAUGACCUAAUAUUUGCAAAAAAUAAUGUUUUCCAGUUCAAACGUUAAGUAUCUUGUCUUUGCAGUAUAUU